AUGUGGGGAGCAAAUAAACAAUCCUCAGAUCCUUUGCCUUAUGUGAACGCGAAUGUGAAUGCAAAGAAGAGAAGCACUAGGCAGCAUCCUAUUGGACUAAACGGCACUCCAAAACGUGUGGUAGGAUCUGAUUGCUACCUUGGUAUGGAGCAGCCCGGCGGAUUGUUUCAACUUUCAACAAUUCAACCUGACAUGUUUCUGCCGGAUGUUGUCACCUAA